GCGGCACGUGGAGACGAUGGGGGGCAGCGCGGGGCUGCCUCUUCUCUGGCUGCUGCUGCUGCUGCUUUGGAGCCGGCGGGGCUUGGGGGCUUCCUGCCCGAACGACGCCUACCUCGGGCCGAACGGGAAGUGUUUUCCUUGCCGGACCUGCGAAGGAGAACAGGAGUAUGAAAAGAAGUGUUCUGAAACUGAAAAUGCAGUUUGCAAAUGCAUUCGGUGUGGAGAAUGUGGGAUUGGAGAGAAGCGGACGGAGGAAGGUUGCCAAAGUUGCCCCCAAGGGACAUUUAAUGAUCAAGUCAAUGGCGAAUGCCGACAAUGGACACAAUGUCCCUCCGGUAAGAUUAUGACUCCUGGGACGGAGAAGAAAGAUGUGGUUUGCAUGCCCGAGUUCAAAGACCCAGAACCGUCACCUACUGCCCAAGGCUCAGACACCACUGAAGGAAUAGUGCUCACCGCCAGCAUCGCUCUGAUUACAACCUCAGUUCUGUGCCUAGGAUUCCUGUUGCUUUUCUGCAUCUUCUUCAGCCUGUGGGCUCGAAAGAAGCUCUCCGCUAUUUUCAUGAAACAGCCUCUCAAACAACCAGCACAGGAGGUAGAGGAUUGCAGCUGCCGUUAUCCAGAAGAAGAAGAAGGGGGAGGCUGCAAUGCUGCAGACCUGAAGUGGGAGUUGCUGGAAAAAAUUGCUUAACCAAUCACAAGAGCCCAAAUCUUCCCCCCACACCGAGAAAAAUAGAGAUGAAGAAUGCAAAUGCAUCAAAGAAUGUAAGCGCAACAACAAAUGCCAAAGGAUCUUGGCAGCUCCCUCUCCUGCUGCCUCUCUGCCAUGGUCUGGGAUGAACAGUUCCAAAAAAUGUAAGCCCCCCUCCCCUAGCACAGAUGAUGAUUGUGGUUAUCUAGAAAAUUGGAUGCUUUGAUAGCGUCAGCCUUCAAAAACAUCUCCUUGGACUGGUGCUCUUCCUAGGAGUCUGGCACAGAGGUUGCUUUGGGGCAAGAGGGAGGGGAGGGGACGCAGGCUGAGGGUCUCAAGAGCAAGACUUCCCACAGCUGCCUUUCAGAACAGGUGAAACAGGAGGCUGGAUUUUGUCAGCUAGGAGAGCACCUGCAAGCAGCCAACUCUGCUCCUGCCACGGUGCAUUUAGCAAGUGUACCUCAGACAGCAGAUCUGGGGCACUGCUCAGGAUAACAGCAGCAGAAACCACAACCAUCUGAUUAUGUGCUUUGCCCAUUUAUUUCGAUUGGGCUUGUGAAGGAGAACUUCUCAGGUGGUUGGAGCUCCAUUUUUAUGGCUGUUGAGGAAUGUUGGUUAGGCCAUCUACCAUUGGGUCAUCUCCACCCACAGACUCCUCUGCAGUAAAAUUAGUGGACACCUGUCCCCUGUAGCAAUGCCCCACCCCACAUAACCUGUUCUUUUCUUACAAUACUCCUAAGCUGCUUUUGCUCCCGUUUAUGUACGUACAAAACGCUGACAAAAUGACUCAUCUCUUACGUCUGCUUU